UGCUGAACCUUGAACAGUGUUCCCUGCACAAUGCUCGACGACGACGCGAAGAUGAUCGCAGGCGCCUUUUCUACGACCUGCACGACGCAUGCCCAACCCUCCUCGCCCUCGACCGUGUCCCCUUUCUGCCCACUGCCACCGUCCACACCCACACACCCACGGGCGCGCGCGCGCGCGCACGUCGCCUCUACGUCAUGAUACGUCACACGCAACAACGCCUGCGCAUUGUGUCGCGCCGCCCCGCCCACUGUCCCCGCCCUCUCGUCCGCCCCCCGCCCGUGGGCAUGCGCCGCCCCCGCCCAUGGGCUUGCGCCGCCACUAUAUAAGGCCGCCUGCCCGCGCAUACAUCCACAAUGGAUCCUGUAACAAUCCCCCACGACUGCCUCCCCGCCAUUGCCCGCGUCCGCAUCUCUGCCGGCAGGUACGACUACUUCGACGUCCUCGCGGUCGUCGCAGAGGACAUCAGCCACACCGCGCUCUGGGCUGUGGACAAUAUCGAGGGACACCCUCUGUCCAUCAUCAAUGAUGUCCUCCUCCAACUCAACGUCUGCUCGCUCAACGACCUCACGCUCACCAAUGUCGACGCGUUGAUCUGCACCUCGUCGCAGCUCUCGUCACACAUCCUCUCUGGCUGGUCACACCUAAACCGCCUUGCCUUUGUAGGGUGUGGCUAUAUAUCUGCCUGGCUCUCACUCCUCCGCGCCGGCGCCUUCCCCGCCCUCGAUCUCCUCGUCGUCUCGCAUUCUGACUAUAAUCUCGACACCCUCGCCGACGCCCUCUCCACUCGUGUCGCCACCCACCUCCGGCGCCCUCUCACCCUCCAGCUCACUCGCGCAGGCCGAUUCAGCCCUCUUCCCGCCGGUCGAGCUUGGUCCCAAGUCCUCACUUCCGUUAGCGAGGUUCUCUGGGAGUCGUGCUCCUGCACCAUGUCCACUCGAUGCUGGCUGCCAUCCUCCGAGUCUGACGAUGACCCAUCUGACGAGGGCGAUGUGUUUCGCCACAACCGUGACGACGAGGACAACGGUUCAUGCAGCUGCUGCAGUGAAGGGCACGAAGGCGGCAGCAGCUGCUCCGAAGGCAACAGUGGCGGCGACGAAGACAAUAGCAACACAGAUGACAACACGUCUACUGACGACAGUGACUCUGGCGACAGUGAAAGCAGCGCUGACGAGGAUCCUGCGGUGAUGCCGCCAGCCUGGCAAGACUCGUGGCGCCUCCAGCGGGGUGGCAGUCGUUAUUAGGUGCAUCACAUCGUAGUUAUUGCUGUUGCUCUGCAAGGCGUAGUCAUACGCCGAACACCACUCUGCACCUGUUUAUACAACCUCGACUGCAGUCGCCCUGCUCUUGCUGCUAUACCUAUGCGUGCGCACCGCACACGCCAAAUAUAGUUACUUGCCCUGCAUCAUGUAAUUGCCGCCCCUCCU